AUGGCAGUUGAUCUUAUUAAACCAUUAAAUGUAAUACCAAUACUGAAAGAAUAUCAUAUUCUUGAGUUAGAUUCCUUAAGUAAAUACACUUUUAGUCAACUCAAUGCAAAAUCAAAAAUGAUAGAUUCUUCAAUUAUAUCAAUAACAUAUAGUAAAAGUAGCUUACACUCAGAAUUGGAUACAGAUGAUGAAGAGUACGAUGAAGAUGAUUAUUUAAAUAAUAACGAUGAAUUUAUUAGCAACAUUUAUGAGGACAGUCAAAGUCUGAACGAUUCAUUUGAUGAUGAUGAUGAAGAAGAAGAAAAUAUGAAUUCGAUAAAAACUGAUUUUGAUGGUAUAAAGAUUUUAGAUCAUAUAAAAAUGGAGCAAAAAGAUCGCUAUUUUAAAAUUAAAAUUAAUGAUAAGGUGAAGUACAUGCAUAAGCAAACAGCAUGUUGGAUAUUACCGAAUGACAAUGAAAAACUUUCAUCAGAUCGUUUAUCUCGUGUAAUACAAACAAACAAAAAGUAA